AUGCCAAGUGGUGAAUCGAAACCAACGAAGAAACAACUGAAGGCUCAGCAAUUCAAAAAAUCCAAAGAAGAGAGAGAACACGACAAGAAACGCAAUAUCCAGAAAGCUGAAGAAGCACAGGCAUCUACAGAAACCACUGAGCCUCCAAAGAAGAAGCGUAAGACUCGUAGAGGCAAAGGCGGCAAGGGCAAAGAUGGUAAGAAGGCAAACAGAUUUAUAAUCUUCGUUGGUUCGCUGCCCAAAGAUAUCACAGAGACAGAAUUACUGUCUCACUUCAAAUCAAGUAACCCAGAUCACAUCCGGCUGCGCCCAGACAAGAACAUCGCUUUUCUAGAGUUCGACGCCGAUAAAGACCCAUCAAACAUUCAAAGACGUAUGGAUAUUGCACUUAUGCAACACAGAGGAGUUAUCAAGGGCUCUAAAAUCAACGUUGAGCUGACUGUUGGCGGCGGUGGAAACAGUGAGAACCGUCUCCAGAAAUUAAAACAGAAGAACGAAAAAAUGGAGCAAGAGAGACAAGAACGCAUGAAAAACCUCAUAGCACAGAGUAGGACUAAAAGCAGGACUGGAUCAACCUCCGCACCUAAGACGGAUUCCGCAGUUCCCCCGGCCCCAGCUGUCCACCCUGAUAGAGCCAAGCUACUCCAGUAG